AUGAACCUUACAGCAACCAGCCGCCUUGGAUGCACACUCACACAAGGCUCUACUGUAUCCGGGACACACUAUGCUAGUCAUUCACGCCCCCUAGAACGCACAUCGUGUUGGAUGGAGCUUGCCUGCUUUGGCGGCUUUCCGAAGGUUCCAUCCCUCUCAGGCUCGAUGCUCCAGCGGCGCCAGGACAUUUUGGCGUCGACCAAGGGUUCCGGUGAACCGGAAAUCAUCAUCCGCAUCGAGUUUGAGUUGUUUGAUGAUGAGUCGCCCAAAACGUGUGCGAAUUUUCGUCACUUGUGCGCAGGACAGUCCACAAGUCGUCAAGGGCAGACGUACUUGUACCAGGGCCUCACGCCAUGUUAUCGCGGGACGUACUUUCACAAGAUUAUUCCCACCUUCUGCGCACAGGGCGGAGACUUGACAAUGCGUGUUGACAGAGGUUCGAAUUACUUCUCCAGCUUUGGCCGUGGCUGGUUUUUGGACGAAAACAAACGACGUCGCCUUAAUGAAAUUGGUCUUCUUCUUAUGGCCAAUAAUGGGCCCAACAGUAACGGCUCGCAGUUCUUCAUCACCACCUCCGACGUGGAUGAAAAGGCGCUUAGUGGCCGUCAUGUCUGCUUUGGUCGGGUUACGCGUGGCCUCGACGAGUUUAUGAGUGAGGUGGCGCCCCACGGCGACAUCAACGGCUACCCCUCGCGAUUUGUAGUUGUCGUUGACUGUGGCGUGGGCCCGCUGCCGGCGACACUGGGCACCGUUAGCACCUGGAGAGAGGAGCAAAAUUCACACGAGACAGGCGUAGACGAGGACCAUACAGAGGUAGGGAAUGAGGACGCUGAAGUUAUGGCUGCUAGCGCCGUCAACGCUGCCGCACUAGCCGAGAGCAAGAAGGAAAAUGGGGAGGAGGAAGAAGAGGAAACCACUGUGAUGGAAACAGUCAAGCAAACGCCGACGAUGAACAAUGAUAAAAAUGUCACCCACAUCAGCUUCAAUGGGGAUUGA